AUGGGGCAGCAGGAUGAGGAGGCAAUAGGCGGCUCUUACACAGAGUCAGAGAAGCCAGGUGCUGUCUUUGACUCAGGGCCAGAUGAGAAACACGAUCAAAUACCCAAGGUGCUUGACAAACGCCGAUGGUCUCGAUUCGCGUGGAUUGAAUGGGCCAACAUCGAUCCCAUCUCCAAGGACGAGCAGCGUGUGUCGCACCCGUACUCGAUUGGUUUAAUCUGGUUUAGCGUCAACAUGAACGUCCUAAGCUUCUCUACCGGCAUGCUUGCCCCUGAAUUUGGGUUCGGCUUCAAGUAUGCAAGCUAUACAGUAUUAGGCUUUCUGAUCGCAUGGGGUCUUUUCCCAUCUUUUUUCGCACUCUUCGGCAAGAACCUUGGCUUGCGCCAGAUGGUGCAUGCACGAUAUUCUUUCGGAUACUUUGGUGCCUCUUUGGUGUCCAUUUUAAAUGCUAUCACAGGUAUCGGUUACAUGAUUCUUAAUGCAAUUCUUGCUGGAGAGACACUGCAGGCUGUAUCGCCUAAUGGUAGCAUGUCGGCGACUGUCGGCAUCGUGAUUGUUACCCUGCUUGGUCUCAUUGUGUCUUUUUGCGGUAUCCGCGUGCUGAAUCUAAUUGAUAUGUGGUUUUGGAUCCCUGUCCUGAUAAGCUUUGCCAUUAUGGCCCGGGAGGCCAAGUCCGGCCCUCAAGGUCUUCACUUGGACCCGAACGAGCAGCCUCCUUCUGCGAAAUCUGUUUUGUCUAUGGGAUGUCUCAUGGCAGGAUUUUAUGCUACCUACUCAGCAUUCUCAUCCGACGUCAGUUUGUAUAUGAACCGCGACAAGUCGUCUGUGUGGCUCUUUGUGGUGGUGAUGCUAGGCCUGAUCUUCUCUGCGCCGUUGGCCAUGAUGCUGGGGGCGGCAUUCGCUACGUCAGCUGUCGAUAUCCCGGCUUGGAAUACAGCCAUUGAACAAAACCCUUCGCCGGGUCCCCUUAUCAACCUUAUUUUGUCCUCUCAUUUGGGCAACUUUGGCAAGUUUCUAACGGUUCUCAUUGCCCUCUCGGCCGUGAGUAAUAUUAUGACAACCUUCUAUUCCAUGGGUCUCAGUGUACAAACAGCGAUCCCUAUCCUUACGGUUCUCCCACGCUUUGUGAUUCCCAUUCUGGCGACAGCCAUUGUGCUGCCUCUGGCUAUUGUGGGACAGGACCACUUUUACAAUGCUCUGACUAACUUUGUGAGCAUCAUUGCUUAUUGGGCGGCUCUUUAUAUCGGAGUCACGCUAGCCGAUUUCAUCGUUAUUCGGAGGUGCCGUUUCUCUUCCUAUGAUCUUUCUAUUUGGAACGACUGGCGGUCCUUGCCCCCCGGGUUCGCUGGCAUCCUCUCAGCUGUAUUGGCUCUCGGACUUGUAAUACCCUUCAUGGAUCAGACAUGGUACACGGGCCCCUUGGGAGCCAAGGUCGGUGAUUUGGGAUUCGAAAUCGGCCUUGGCCUCUCCUUUUUAUUGUAUUGCUUCUUGCGCCCGCUCGAGAUGAAACUUUGGCAUUAG